AUGUUUCGAACUCAUGUCGAAGAGCAACAUAAAGCGCCAUGGGGCCAUGCCUGGCGAUCAUCCAACACCUUCAUCACCUGUACAAUGAGUCUAGCAAUGUUCACCGAUGAGCUUCUCUUCGCCUUCAUGAUACCAUUGCUCCCGACGGUGCUCGAGCAUCGAAUCGGCCUCCCGCCAUCACUGACACAAAGAUACACGUCUAUUUUCCUCGCCGAGGGAGCAUUCGUAUCCGUCGUGUCAAGUCCAUUUAUCGGCGCAAUCGCCGACGCAGUCUCUAGUAAAAAGACCCUCUUACUGAUCCUCCUUGUACUGGCCUUGGUCAGUACGGCUUGUUUAUCACUCGCGUCCCAAUUGGUAUGGCUAUUUAUCGGUCGCUUCUUCCAAUGCAUCACCAGCAAUGCAUUAUGGAUUGUAGGCAUGUCAACCAUGGCCGAGAACCUCGGAAGCGAGCACAUGGGCAAGAUCUCCGGGUUAACGACUACCCUCACAGCCACAGGAACCACCACGGGACCUGUGCUUGCAGGACUAUUAUUCGAACUGGGUGGUUACUGGUGUGCGUGGACCGGCGCGGCUGCUUUUCUCCUGCUGGAUAUCAUUAUGCGUCUCAUCAUGAUCGAGAAGCGGGUCAAACCCCACCAAGGAAAUGAGGACGAGAACGAGGACGGGGAGCAAGACCCUCUAUUGCAGAAUCAACCACCCCGAUUAGAAGAAGACGGCGAAGGGUCUGGUUCAGAGGUGCGCGGAUGGCGCUUCCACGUCCGUCUAUUCCGCGUACCACGUUUCUCGGCCGGGGUUUUCUGCGCCUUCGUUUAUGCUGUACUGGUUGGUUGCUUUGAAAGUACGCUGGCUGUGCACGUGCGAGCCGUGUUUGGAUGGGGGGCUUUACAUGUUGGUGUUUUGCUGGCGUUGAUCCAGGGGCCUGGGAUGCUGCUGGCUGCUCCGGUGGGUUGGAUGAAAGAUAGGAUCGGGUCGCGUGCUCCGACGGCAGUGGCACUUUUCGGGUUGUUGCCUUUUGUCGUACUGUUGGGGGUGCCUGGUAGUGGGUUGUUUCCGGGGAUGGGGGUGCAAGGUUGGGAAAAGAGUCUCUAUGUGGGUUGUAUGGCGUCGAUUGGAUGUCUUCUGUCCUUGCUGAAUGGGGUGGGCUCGAUGCAGGCGACUGAAACGAUCGACUUGCUCGAAGCACACCAGCCUGGUAUCUUUGGUCCUAAGGGAGGGUAUUCUCGCGCGAUAGCUGUGACUAGUAUGACCUGGAUGACUGGACUGUUGGCCGGUCCUCUUCUGGCGGAGUUCGUGGUGGGCAAUUUCGGUUACUUCGAGUUGCAAUGUUGCCUUGGGGUCUUGUCUUUUACAGCAGGGCUUAUCGCUCUGGUUUUCCUGGGCUCUCCUGUGUCGAAGUCUACGGAACAGCAAGAUGUGUUGUAUCAAUGA